CACUACUACCACAUUAUCACUUACCUAUAUUAAUACCCAGAUUUACACCACUUUCCUUCAUUCUUAACAGCAAUUAUUCACUUCACCCCCCACCCAGGUAAUUAACUAUUCUCAUCUUACCAGCUUCUCGGUAAUGUAUAGCAUUAAUGCGAUCAUAAGCUGUUAAUUUUAAUCUAGAUUGAAACUUUUUUGCAGCACUUGCAACUUAUUGUGAAGCAAUGAAGUCAAGACUGACUAGCAUAGUCCCAAUCCUGGGACUCUUGAUCCUAUUCGCUUCAUGGGUUGGAGCCACAACCAAGAAUCCAAACCCGGCAAUCAACACACUGUACAAGGACCCAACCCAGCCUAUGAGCAAGAGGAUAAAGAACCUCAUGAAGCAGAUGACACUGGAGGAGAAGAUUGCACAAAUGGCUCAGCUUGACCGUGUGGCAGCCACGCCGGAGAUCAUGAGAGACUUCUCCAUUGGCAGCCUCCUUAGCGGUGGUGGGAGCUGGGUCCACGAGGGUCAAACGACGAUUGAGUGGGUGGACAUGGUGAACAGCUUCCAAAACGGGUCAUUGGCUAGCAGACUUGGGAUUCCUAUGAUUUAUGGAAUUGAUGCUGUGCAUGGCCAUAAUAAUGUUUACAGGGCCACUAUUUUUCCUCAUAAUAUAGGCCUUGGUGCAACCAGAGACCCAGAGCUUGUGAAGAGGAUUGGUGCUGCUACAGCUCGUGAAAUUAGAGCAACAGGCAUUCCCUAUGCCUUUGCACCAUGCAUUGCAGUAUGCCGAGAUCCAAGAUGGGGUAGAUGCUACGAGAGUUUCAGUGAGGAUCCCAAGAUUGUAGAGGAAAUGACAGAUAUUAUUGAAGGUCUACAAGGAGAAAUCCCUCCCAAUUCAAGAAAGGGUGUACCUUACAUCGGAGGACAGGACAAGGUUGUGGCUUGUGCAAAACACUUUGUUGGUGAUGGUGGAACAAAAGAUGGAAUCAAUGAGAACAAUACAAAAGCAGAUUGGCAUGAACUGCUCAGCAUUCAUAUGCCUGGAUACUAUCAUUCUAUCAAGAAGGGUGUUUCCACUAUAAUGAUUUCUUAUUCCAGUUUGAAUGGAGUCAAAAUGCACACAAAUAGAAAUCUCAUCACAAAUUUCCUCAAGGGCGCACUUAGAUUCAGGGGAUUUGUCAUCUCAGAUUGGCAAGGAGUAGACAAGACUACCUAUCCGGAGCAUGCCAACUAUUCCGACUCACUGCUCAAAGCAAUUGAUGCUGGUAUUGACAUGGUGAUGGUCCCAUACAAUCACACAGAAUUCAGCAGCAUACUGGUCUCCCAUGUGAAGAACAACUUAAUCCCAAUGAGCAGGAUUGAUGAUGCAGUGAGAAGGAUCCUGAGGAUCAAAUUCACUAUGGGUCUCUUUGAGAACCCUAUGGCUGAUUAUAGUCGUGCUGAUAAACUUGGAAGUCAGGUUCACAGAGAUUUGGCAAGAGAGGCUGUGAGAAAAUCACUUGUGCUCUUAAAGAACGGAGAAAAUGCCGAUAGCCCCAUCCUUCCACUUCCUAAAGAGACAUCCAAAAUCUUAGUUGCAGGAAAACACGCCAACAACCUCGGAUUACAGUGCGGUGGUUGGACAAUUACUUGGCAGGGACUCGAUAGCAAAAACCUUACUGCUGGAACAACAAUACUAAAUGCAAUCUCAAAUGCGGUCCAUCCCAGCACAGAACUAGUUUACAGUGAAAACCCUGAUCCUAAAUUUGUAAAGGCCGAGAAUUUUUCCUAUGCCAUUGUGGUUGUAGGUGAACCCCCUUAUAGUGAAACUGCUGGGGACAACCAGAAUCUUACUAUUCCUGAACCAGGUCUGAGCAUAAUGAAAAAUGUUUGUGGGAGUGUUAAGUGUGUUGUGGUUUUGAUUUCUGGGCGGCCCUUGGUGGUUCAGCCCUAUCUUUCAUCAAUAGAUGCUCUUGUGGCUGCAUGGCUACCUGGAUCUGAAGGCCAAGGGGUAGCUGAUGUGUUAUUUGGUGAAUAUGGGUUCAGCGGGAAGUUGCCAAGAACUUGGUUCAAGACGGUCGACCAAUUGCCCAUGAAUGUUGGUGAUGAACACUAUGAUCCACUUUUCCCAUUUGGCUUUGGACUCACCACGAAAGGCAUUAAAGGUUAAAGAGAUUCAGUGCACUAACUAGGAUAUUUUAGAUAAAUAAUUUUUUAAUGUUUUGAUACAGAUAUAGGUUACUGAUUUAGUAUUUGGUAAUAGUAUGUUUCUUUAGAUUGCGUACAGUUCUAACUUUUUUAGAUAUGUAAAUUGGCUUUGCCCACUUCGAUAAUAGGAAUAAAA